UUAUGGGCAAAUUUUUAGGUGAUGCGGAUGUUACGUGGCAGUGGCAGAGAUAAGAGGAUUCCUACCAAUCUCCGCCCUUACAAAGCAAGGUGGAACCAAACUGCCUUCUCACAAUAAGCAGUUUUCCGGGCUGUUUUCAUCGUCUGAAAACCGCUUUACCUCUCCUUCUCCGUUCUUAAGGACUCGUUUGUACAGUAUAUCUCUUCAGCUUUCUCUGUCUCCUGCUUCCCCCCACUAUGGCUGUAUAAUUUUUUACUACUUGGAAGUGACGGAAUCUGCUUCUUCACCGGCGGUGGUAUUUAUGGCUUUUCGCAACCAACUCUCUCAGGACCUUCCUCUUCAUUAUGAGAACCAGUCUCAACCGGAACGGCCGCUUUCUGAUAACACGCUGCGCUCGAUUUUGUCUGAUCAACUGGCUGACCAUUCUCCGGCCGAUGAUGGUUCUAAGCCUGAACAUCCGCUUCAGAGCACUCCGAAUUGGCUGAAUAGUGCGCUACUUCGGAAUCAAGCACCUCAUUCUCACUUUUCUGAUGAGACCACGGCGACCGCUGCGGAUAACGUUGACACCGACUUCCUUAAUCUUCAUACGACUGCUGCCAAUUCUGCUGUCUCUCAUCCGUCGGGUCAAUGGCUCUCCCGCGCGAUCCUCCAUCGCGAUCAUAGCGAUGUUUUAGAUGAAGUCGCCGAUGCUGCCGAUGCUAUGAUUGGUGCUACCACUUUGUCGCGCGAAUCGGAUGAUUUGAAGAAUAACAGCAGCGGCGGGGAUGGGGAGGGUGUGAAUAACAGCGACGAUGUGGCGGUUGAGAGCGAUGGUAAUGAAGGUGCGUAUGGUGGAGAUGCGGCGACGAAUUGGCAGAAUGCGCGGUUUAAGGCGGAAAUUCUGGCGCAUCCUCUUUACGAGCAGCUACUCUCUGCUCACGUCGCCUGCCUCCGGAUCGCAACGCCAGUGGACCAGUUGCCGAGAGUAGAUUCUCAGCUUGCUCGGUCUCAGAAUGUGGCGGCGAAAUACUCGUCGUUUGGUCACCGUUCUCAGCCCAUAGCCGGCAAUGGAAAAGAGCUUGAUCAGUUCAUGACGCAUUAUGUUCUAUUACUUUGCUCUUUUAAAGAACAACUCCAGCAACAUGUUCGUGUUCAUGCCAUGGAAGCAGUGUAUGCCUGCUGGGAAAUUGAACAAUCUUUGCAAAGCUUGACAGGUGUUUCACCAGGUGAAGGUACUGGUGCUACAAUGUCUGAUGAUGACGAAGACCAGAUAGAUAGCGAUGCUAAUUUGUUUGAUGGAAGUUUUGAGGGUCAUGAUGCUAUGGGAUUUGGUCCUCUUAUCCCAACCGAUAGUGAGAGAUCCCUUAUGGAAAGGGUGAGGCACGAAUUGAAGCAUGAACUAAAGAAUCAGGGAUACAAAGAGAAAAUUUUAGAUAUCAGGGAGGAGAUUUUGCGAAAAAGGAGAGCAGGUAAGCUUCCUGGUGACACCACGUCCGUCUUGAAAGCUUGGUGGCAAUCACAUUCAAAUUGGCCAUAUCCAACUGAGGAAGAUAAAGCAAAGUUGGUUCAAGAAACUGGGCUGCAACUGAAGCAGAUAAACAACUGGUUUAUUAACCAGAGGAAGAGGAAUUGGCACACGAAUCCUUCAACCUCAACAACCUUGAAGACUAAACGCAAAAGAAGUAAUGCAGGUGAGGCAACAGGCAACAACCAUCCAUAGCUCCACGAAAGAAAAGAGAAAACAAUCGUCUGUUUUGGGGUGAGGCCAUUAUUUAUAUGCUGAAAGGAAUGUGAAUUAGUGAGAUGAUAAAGAAUUUUCUAGGCGAGGAAUAGAUGUAUAGUGUAAUAAGCUUUGUAUGAUUGCUUCCCUUAUAGUCAUACUACCGAUUAAGCUUAGAUUCAAGAUUGAUUUGAUUUCAAGUUGUAGUUAGUUAUGGUAAAAAAAUAUAGCUUUUACAAUACAUAUCUUCCUACUAAAUCUAGUUAGCUUUAAAGGCUUAAGCUAAUGAAAUAUGGAAUGGGAUAAUUUUAUCA